AAACAGCACACCACGAUACAUGCUGGCGAGACUGGAACACAACUCGGGAGUCAGCUUCGAUAAAAGUGAUGGUACAGCCUGCCAGUCCAGCUCUAAAACACACUUACUGACUCAGUGUGUUUUGAGGAAAUAUACGGAUCUCUUCUGACUCUGGUGGUCGUUCAGCAGAAUUUCCUUCAGUUUUCAAAUGACCUUGUUCAAGAGUGAACAUCGCAGCCUAAAAUACAGUAGUAUGGCUGGGGAUCUACAGUCCUGCAGAUACAAAGCAGGAGUGAAACGUUGCAGCGCUGAUGGGUACAGAGAUGAGAAUCAUCUUGAAUGUGGCUGCUACCAAGAAGAGUUCUAUGAAAGGGGUUUUGAUCAUCCUGGUCCUGUCUCAAUUAAAAUGAUUCCAAAUAACACCAACCCUCCAAAACGACCACGUUCUUCCUCCUCCUCUUCAUCCCUGCAGUGCAGCAAGCAACUGACCAAAAGCAGAUCCAGGAUCAGCUACUCCAGCUCUAGAGGAGCUCACUUGAGGAUGGAGGAGCUCCAGUGUAUUAAGAGAGAGCUAAAGGUGAUAAAGAAUCAGAUUGAUGAGCUGCUGAACAGUCUGGAGCACAUGGACACGCAGAACAGCGACGCAUCUGAAGGUAGCCCGCCCCACUCUCCGCUCAGCAGCUCUGUGAGCAGUAUGGAGGGGUCCUCCUGCAGUCCCCUCAGGUCCAGCAGAGUGUUCAGAGAAAGACAGAGCCACGAGCCAAGACGAACAAGAGAUGAGGAGAGACGGAUGAAACAUGAGUCAGAUUUUUAUUAUAUUUAAGAGUUGAGAUCAGGUUAUGUCAGCAGAUAUCCAGAGGUGGGACUGAAGAAGAGGUGUGUCGUUCAUUGUAGCUUCAGAUUUUACACCAUGGAAAAGUCUCCACCAGGCCAGAGCAAAGAAACUGCGUUUCAUCACAAAUAUAACUCCAGUAGAAUUUAAGCUUUAGCCAUACCUCUAUGCAUUAAGCCUAUUACUGAUCCACCAUUUGCUCUCUGGACUUUUCUUGCUAUCUGCCAUUCAUAUUUGUCCUGAUGUGACCCAUUUUGAUAAGCUGAGUUGGACUUACAGUAGCACAAACAAAGAAACUUUAAUCCACUGUAUAAUCCCCUAAAGGAUCAUAUAAUGCCAUUGACACAGCAGUUGUCAAAAGAUAGAACAAAAUGAUCCCUUCAAUUUGGAAUCAGAGAUCAUCGUAAACUAAGAGUCAACGAGCUGUGGAACAGCUGUCUAAACAGAGCUACGCAAACAGAAUUAGAUCUGCAUAUUAACAGAAUUUUCAUUAAGCUUCUGCAUAUAGUUUUAUAACCAAGACUUUUUCCAUGAUAUCACCUCAGUAACAGUUAUAAGAUAAGCUAAUUAAAUCAUGUGGUCACUCAGAAAACAGUUCAGCCAGUAAGAAGAUGAUUGUGUUAAAUGAACAGCUUUUACUGUUGUUAGGCUGCAUACACGCUUCAAAGCAAAGUAGUUAAAGCCACAUUCAGGAAUUUUGUGUCUACUGCAUUUAUUGUGUACUCAUUUAUUCCUGAUGAUGACAGUUUUUUUUUUAAAUAUUCCAGUUUCCAUUUUAAACCAAAAUAGUGUUUUUAUUUUUAAAAACAAUGCAAAUAUAUACAAACAUUUUAUUGUAUUGCAUAAAUCUGCAUUUUAAAUGGGAAAUUGCACAGAUUCUUC